UCGGGGCACCCUAUGUAAUUUUUAUUUCGAGCUGAUAAAGUCCCAGCAAAUCGGUGGUACUGGAUUUUCAAAAUAUAUAAGUCGAUUUUUGGUGUUCGUACCGAGCAGACCCUCUUUCGCUGUUAGAGGAGAGUCGUUACAAGAUGGGAACGUUUGCAUGCAGCCUAGCGUUGUUGUCGCUCGUGGUGGCGAUCGGCGUUAACGCUAGUACCAUCGGUUUACGCAAUUUGAAGCUAAAUAUCGGCAACUCGAACAACACGGAAAGUGCGCAAUCAAAUCGAACUGCUCGUCAGGUUGGAUCGUACUGUCCGUAUAGUCAGUGUCAAUCGAGACCUGUUCAAUGUCCACCUGGAAGCUUUUUUGAGAACGGCAACUGCGUUAUUCGCCAAACAUAUUGCCCAGGAGGAUAUACGCUGGUAGGGAAUACCUGCGUUGGGGCGAGUGUUUGUCCAAUGGGAUAUCACCUUAGCAACGAUAUGUGUCAUCGUAGUCCUGAACCUGUGAGGUGUGUACCGAAAACUACACAACCAAAAUGUGAAACAGGAUAUGUGUAUUCCAACGGUCAAUGCGUUAAACAGGACAUUCAAAAUCCUGAAACGAAGAGUAAGACUUCGUUGGUCACAGAACCAGCUACAUGUCCGGAUGGAUACCUUAUUGACGGACAAAGUUGCAUUUUAUACGACCGGGAACCAGCCAGGUGCGACAGGGGAGAUAUGCGUUUGGGUGAAUGUGUUGUUCCCGCCUUUUGUGAAUCGCCGUACGUCCUCAAUUCGUUCGGACAAUGCGAGAGAUCGUCCCAACAAUCCGCUAGUUGUCCUGUUGGGUCAACGCUUUACGAAGGUGGUUGCCAGUAUCCAGCUCCUACAUGCCCGAGCAACUAUACUCUUACUAAUAGGCAGUGUGUUCAGGAGCAAGUCGCUUCUGUACAGUGUAGUCGCGGAUCCAGAAUGGUGGAUAACUAUUGUGUGGUUUCGGAGCCUACAUGUCCAUCCGGUUUUGUCUCACAAGGCGGCCAAUGUAUUAAAAGUGAUUAUGAUGAACCGAGGUGCUCUUCUGGAAGUUAUAUUAGAGACAACUUUUGUGUGGCCCGUGAAGUUAGCUGUCCUUACGGCUACGAAUUGAAGGAUGAUCGAUGUGUAAAAGAGGACAGAGAGCCGGUUAGGUGCCCUCAUGGUUCAAGCAUGCGACGAGGUGUUUGCGUUGCAGAUCAAACGGUAUGCAGCUCCGGUUUCACCUACGACGAACGGUAUGGACAGUGUAUUAGAUACGAUCAACAGCCGGCUACAUGUGAACGAGGAUUCACGUUGAGUGGUGCGGAUUGUGUUAGUACGGCGCAGUGUGAUGCAGAUUUUAGACUACAGGCUGGAGAAUGUAUUCGAGAGGAACGGGAUGUUGAACAUUGCCCUAAUGGAAGCGAUCUGAUAGAUGGUGUUUGUGUCGUUUCAAGGCCUUCAUGUGAUCAUGAUUUCCAUUUCGAGAACGGAGUUUGUGUAAGGAAACAUCAAAGAGCUCCCACAUGUCCCCUUGGAUCCCGCUAUUCUGAUGGAUAUUGCAUUGCACAGAAUGCUGGAUGCCAACCAGGAUACAAACUUCGCGAUGGACAAUGCGUGCAGGAAGCUUCUGAACAGCCUCGGUGCCCUAUGGGAUAUUCAUUUGUACGAGGUUUCUGCUUGGCAAAACCAUAUUGUGAGAUGGGCUACGUAUUUGAGAACGGAAUUUGCCGUAAGCGUGACGUUGGAUCGGUAACUUGUCCAGCAGGGUCAUCGUUUCAGGAGGGUGUUUGUGUAAGCUACGAGUAUGGCUGCAUACCAGGCUUUGAGAUGCGGGAUAAUAUGUGUGUCAGAAGGCACACUUCAUCGCCGGUAUGUCCUCCUAAUUCAGAAUUCAAAGAUGGUAGUUGCUUAACCAAAACAACGCCAUCGUGUCCAUAUGGAGCAGCAUUUUCAGCUGGUAUGUGUACCAUUAGCGAAACCGCCCUGCCUACUUGUCCUCCAGGAUCCAUGUACCGCAAUGGAAUGUGUAUCGGAAUAUCCCCGUUUCCACAAACGCCUUGUGCCAGUAGUGGAUGUCAACAGCCAUGUACCUCUGGUUGUAUGUCGCAACAACCCUGUGCCAGCAAUUUUAUGUGUAGUCUGACACAAACGUGUGGAUCAUGCGGCCAGUACGCGCCACAACCUCUACAACCACAACCACAGCUUUCACAUACUCCUUCAUGUCCUUCCGACUAUCACCUAAUGAACGGUAUUUGUACGCGCCAGCGGACUUUUGCAAUGCAGUGUCAACCACCAUAUACUUUACAGGGCAAUGAGUGCGUCCAGCUAACGUCAACAAUUUGCGCAAAUGGCUUUACAAUGGAAAAUGGUCGAUGCGUACGAUACGAAAAAACGGACGUAAAUUGCCGAGCAGGAUUCUACUUGCGUAACAAUCGUUGUAUCUUCUUGAAUCCUGAUUGUGGUGCUGGUUAUCACAAUAUCAAUGGAACGUGUACUAAAGUUCUCGAAACUCGCCCUCAAUGUCCUUUGAACUAUAAAAUAUAUAAAAACUUCUGUGUCGCUCAACCGGAAUGCGCAUUAGGAUCUGAGUUGCGCGAAGACACAUGUUACAAAGUACAGUACAAUCCUCCAACAUGUCCUGUUGGUUUUAUGGCGCGCGAUGAUUAUUGCGUGGCACCAUUCCAAUGUGAACAAGAUCACAAUUUGGAAGGAAAUUCCUGCGUUAAAAGUGAACAUCGUCCCGUUAGCUGCCCUGCAGGCUCUCGUCAAUACGAAGAAUACUGCACUGUUCCUGGACCAUCAUGCAGUGAUGGGUUUAGCCUACAAGGUGGCCGAUGUGUUAAGACCCAAAGAAAGGCAAUUGUGUGCCCUCACGGUAGCUUCCUGCAGCGCGAUCUGUGCGUGAUGCCUGUUGUCUGUUAUAGCGGUUAUCAAAUGAUAUCCGGCCAGUGCACUCGUCCGGAACUCGUACCAAUUCAAUGUCCUUCCGGAUUCUACGUAGAACAGAGUCGAUGUGUUUCCAAAAGCUUCAACUGUCCCAACGGCUUCCGUCUGGAAGAAGAUCAAUGUAUUCGAAGGAACUUUGAGUCAUUGACAUGUCCAUCAGGUACAACUCUUCGAGAUCAUCUUUGCGUAACUGGUAAACCAUCGUGCAAGUUAGGGUUCAAACUGGAAAGCAACCGGUGUGUUCAACAUUCCUAUCAAACGCCUCAGUGUCCUUCUGAAACAGUUAUGAUCGGUAACCGGUGCGUCAAAAAUUUGGAAUGCCCACAUGAGUAUCGACAUGUUGCUGGCCGCUGUGUUAAAUAUCUUUACGAAACACCCAGCUGCAGAGAAGGCUCUUUCUACAACAGUAAGUGCAUUGCUCCUGGACCUGAUUGUCCGCCUGAACAUCUCUACAUAGAUGGUUACUGCGUUAAGAAGGAACAUUCCAGUCCAUCCUGCCCUCCUGGAGCUAAACAACACGAGAAGUAUUGUGUUGUAGGCAACCCUACAUGCCGAAACGGUUAUGAAUACACCUCCUCAAUGUGUGUCAGAAUGACGACAAUGCAAGCGACAUGUCGGUCUAACUAUACCCACCGAGAUGGCAUGUGUGUUUCAGAAGUACAUUCAUUUGAUUAUGUCUGCAAAGAAGGGUACAUUUUCAGCGGUCAUCAAUGUCUUCGAACAUCGUAUACCCAUGCUACUUGCCCCGCUGGUUACUCGUUGCAUGGAACAGUUUGUCAAGAAAACUCUUGCACAUCUGAUGCACCUUCUGUUACACCACCUGCUAUGCCAUAUGAUGUUAACAGACCCCAAAAUCCUCUCGCCGAACAGAAAGUUUUAACCAGCGGUACUGUCACUUGGGCUCAGUCUGCGCCAUCAGCUCCUUUGGUUGGCACUUCAGUUCCACCGCAUUACUUUAAUUCGAAUGUAGGCCAAAUUGUCCAAACAUCGUACGAAACAGUGAAUAAACCUAUGUACACAGCACCUGCCGAUGUCCAUAGCGAAUUCGCCGCAUUUUUCGAGCAAAAACCCGUUAGAUCGGAUGCAUACGGCUUAUAUCCGACGUACCAAGCGCCACCGUUGAAAACUCAAACCCCAAAGUCGGUCAGCUAUAACUUUAGCACCACCACUAGUAAGCCCCAGGUAGCAUCAACCGUCCUUACUGAAACAGUAGAAGAUGUGACCGUUGCCGUAACACAGUUAGAGCAAAUUACCAGCUGCACCGUGCAUUCUCCCAAAAUUUGUACCGAAGAUGACGAAUGGGAAUGCAAACACUUGACAUUCGAGAACAUCAGAAGCCGGCAUUGCGUGGAAAGUGGAGGUAGCAUCUUUUUGACGCUAGACGAGACCAGCUACGACUCUGACUCCAAGGUGCUCAUAGUGGCUGCUCGCACCGAAGAAUCGGAUGACGACUAUAACGACGAGGAUUACGAAGAUUCGCUGGACUGUUCGGGUUGCACAGACGGUAACUACAGCUGCUCAAGAAAGUGUUUCGAGUACGAAUGCGUUGAAUGUGCGUACGUCAGCAUGAAAGACUUCUGCAGUGACGAGUCCUUGCCAGAGCAUGGAUGCACCUACGAUGAAGGAUGCCGAGGAGAUUUUUGCUCAAUGUGAAAAGAUUGACGAUCGUUAGAUUAAGUUGGUUGAAUGUUUAGGUGAAAUACUUAUAAAACAUGUAACUGCCACAUAUUUUUUAACGUUUUUAAUAAAGUCGACCUUUAAUAAUUAACACAUAAUAAA